AUGAAAGUUAUAAUACAUUUAUAUUUUCUAAGUAUUGUACUUUGUUUAACAUUGGAAAAGAAAGAUGAUCCUUCAAGUUCACAACCUUGGUAUUAUGGAUUAUUCGGUCAAGGUAGAUCAACUUUAAAUUUUCAACAAACUGCUGCUUCUUCAGUUAGUUCUUCAAUUGAAAGUGCUACUCAAAGUUUAACAAAUGAAGUAUUACCUAGUCAAAGUUCAAACGUUGAUUCAUUUUUAACAAAAGCUUCAUCAUUGAUAUCAUCAGCUCAAUCAACUGCACAAGCAGAUAAUACUCCAGAUUCAACUUCACAAUCAAAAACUAAUAGUUCUGUUUUCAAUACCCCAAGUCAAUCAAUUGCUGUUACCAAUACCCUAAGCUCAUCAAUUGGAAGUCCACGUUUAACAAGUAAUCCAAGUUCAACAAGUAAUCCAAGUUCAAGUUCAAGUGCUGAAGGUUUACUCGGUUUUAUUCCAAACAUUUUAACAAAUUUUGAAGGUUCAUCGUCAUCAAUUAUCACAAAUUCAUCAUCUACAAUUAAUGCUAUUUCACAAGAUGUUUCACAAACUGAAGAUUCUUCAGAUAGUACAGAUGAAACUGAGUCAAAUGGAGAAGGUGAUGGGAAGAGAAAUCCUUAUACUCCAUAUAAUGUAACUUGUCCAGCAAAAAUCAUUAGAUCAGCAAGUGGAUUAUCAGAUAAUGAAACAUCAUAUAUUGAAUCAAGAUAUGAAAUUACUAAUAAAAAUUUAAUUGAUUUUUUGAAAAGAACCAAUAUUUCAAAUUUUGAUGCAGAAUCUUUUAUCAAUGAUAAUUCACAAUCUCAUAAUAUUACCAUUGGUUUGGCCUACUCUGGUGGUGGUUAUCGUGCAAUGUUGGCCGGAGCAGGUCAAAUUCUUGCAUUAGAUGAUAGACAUAAUAGUUCACAAAAUUUAUUGGGUGGAUUACUACAAUCAAGUACUUAUUUAGUUGGUUUAAGUGGUGGAUCUUGGUUAGUUGGUAGUUUAGUAUUGAAUGAUUGGAUAUCAGUAGAUGAUGUUUUACAAGGAGAAACUUCAAUUUGGCAAUUGGAAGAUUCAUUAUUUAAUCCUGCUGGAUUGGAUAUUACGUCAAAUGUUGAAUAUUAUUAUGCUUUAAGUAAAGCAGUCUUGGAAAAACAAACAGCUGGUUUUGAAACUUCAUUAACUGAUAUUUGGGGUAGAGCAUUAAGUCAUCAAAUGUUUAAUGAUACAAGUGGUGGUUCAAAUAUUACUUGGUCAAGUGUUAGAAACUUGGAUUCUUUUCAAAAUCAUGAAAUACCAUUUCCAAUUUUAAUUGCAAAUGGUAAAUAUCCUGAUACUUUAAUUGUUAAUGAAAAUUCAACAAUUCUUGAGAUAAAUCCAUUUGAAUUGGGUAGUUGGGAUAAAUCACUUUAUUCAUUUAGUGAUACAAAAUAUAUUGGAUCAAAUUUGAAUGAUGGUAAAGAUGGUAAAUGUAUUGAAAAUUAUGAUAAUGCAGGAUUUAUUAUGGGUACUUCAAGUUCUUUAUUUAAUGAAGUAUUGAUAAAAUUAAAUGAUUUUGAAGUAAAUUCAGUGCUUAAAGUAAUUUUAAUGAAUGCAUUGGCAAGUUUAUCAGAUUCAAAAGAUGAUGUUGCAAUUUAUCCAAAUACAUUUUAUAAUACUACAGAUUCAAAUAGUGAAAGUUUAAAAUCAAAUUCUUCAUUAUUUUUAGUUGAUGGUGGUGAAGAUGGUGAAAAUAUUCCGUUUUAUUCACUAAUUCAAAAUGAUAGAAACACUGACGUUAUAUUUGGUUUUGAUAAUUCUGCAGAUACAAGUGACAAUUGGCCAAAUGGAACUUCAAUAAUUGAUACUUAUAAAAGACAAUUUAGUGAUCAAGGUAAAGGUACUCCAUUCCCAUUUGUUCCUGAUAUUGAUACAUUUUUAAAUGAUAAUUUAACUAACAAACCUGUAUUUUUUGGUUGUGAUUCUUCAAAUUUAACGAAUUUGUUGAAAUGGCAUAAUAAUGAAAAUAUAAAUGAAACUGAUGUACCAUUAAUUGUUUAUAUUGCAAAUACUAAAAAGUCUUAUAAUUCAAAUUUUUCAACUUUUAAAAUGAGUUAUGAAAAUGAUGAAAAACUAGGAACUAUACAAAAUGGUUUUGAAACAAUGACAAGAAAUAAUUUAACUGAUGAUGAGAAUUGGUUAACAUGUGUUGGUUGUGCAAUUAUAAGAAGACAAGAAGAAAGAUUAGGUAUUGAACAAAGUGAUGAAUGUAAGUCAUGUUUUCAAGAAUAUUGUUGGAGAGGUGGAUUUAAUGAUGCUGUAGAAGUAAAUGUUACAAUAGGAUCAAACUCAAUAUCAAAUCACACAAAUUCAACAAUUAAUAGUUCAACAAAAUAUUCGAAUCAAACACAUAGUUCAACAAGUUUACUCAAUUCAACAACAAGUCAAAGUAAAACAACAACUGCUAUAAAUUUUGUACCUAUAACAUCAUCAUCAGAUAAAUCUACAGUAGAUGCUCAAAGUCAAUCACCAUCACAAACUACAACUGUUAAUAAUUCAGCUGGUAUCAAUUAUUAUAGUACUUAUAGUGAAAGUUCAAGAUCAACAAUUCCACCAAGUCCAUUUAAUUCAGCUGCAACACCAGAUACAACAAAUGCAGCAAAUAAAUCUAAUAAAUUUUCGUUUGAAGUUGUAUUAUUCAAUUUUAUAUCAAGUUUAUUUAUAUUUAUAUAG